UAGUUUUUACAUAACCUUUUGUAUUAAAAAGCACUUUUAAUAGUUUUUCAGCCAAACACUCAACUGUUUUUGUUUUUCGAAAAGUACUUCUCUAAAAGCUCAAGCCAGAAGCUGUUUCUGCAAAAGCUGCAGCAGGGCCAAACCGAGCUAUUAUUUUAUUUAUAUAUAGAUAAUAGGUAUGCUAGCUAUUGUUGUAACCGCGGUUGUAUUACUAUUGUGCCACUAAAUGCUAUUUUGUUAAGUUGUUCGAUAAAAUCUCCGAUAUUAUUAUUUUUUAUGGUAGUUAAUCUUUCAAUUUACAUUGCCAUCAUCUGUUCUAUUAUCACUCUGCGUAAGUCCAACCCUUUUGCUUCUGGAAUAUGCCAAUAGUUGUCACCUCCUCCAACCUUUAAUUGCACUGAGCCGACGAAGGUAUGAUUCAAUAUGGAAAGACAAAGAACCAGACAAUGGAGAUGGCGGUUAAGGCAGCGAUGACGAUGGUGCUACAGAAGGAGAAUCGGGUAUUGUAUAAACCCAACUCUGAGGUCGUUUGCUUGUAAUGUUUAUCAUCGAUUUUGGAUUAAAAUCUCAUAUCCAUGAAAUUAUGCACAAAAUUCAUGUUUGCUUAUAGGAUUUUCAUAAAAGAUAGCAUCUAGGUCCCAAUUUUACACCAUUGGUGAAAACUUCGUAAGUGGAAGCGAAAUGUUGUAGAAAAGCGUAAGCAUAAAAGCGUAACCUUUUACACAUCCUUUGAAUUAGUCAAACAUCGACCUAUCAAACGGACAUUUUUAUUAAAGUAACGAUUGUAUCUAGGCACCGGGCCGGGCCGCCCAACACGAUUAGAGCACGACACGAGCACAUGUACAAAGUAUAUAGGUCAGUCAGGCACGAGCACGAAUAAUUUUUGGGUCAUGCAUGACCUAAACUGCACGGGCAUGGUACGGUCUAUAAGUGGAUUUUGUCGAACCUAAUAUAAAUGAAUUAUAAAUUCAAAUAUUAUAAAACACAAAAACAAAAACAAUUAUUUAUUGUUGUUAGAAGUGAUCAUAAAGUAAUUACUACCAUAAGUAAAAAUGGACGAAGAAUCAAAAAUACCAAAUUACACCUGUUAUGCUUCCAAAUUUCUGCUCCUCCCUUAUUUUUUUACUUUUCUCAAAUAUUAUAAAUUAAUAGUUUCAUUCUCUAUGCGAACAAGGGCUUGGUCCAGUCCUAUUACCAUUAUCUUGAAUCUGAAAGUCCCGGGGUUGAGUCCGAAGCAUGCUCGUGCCUUGUCAUCAGUCCAAGCACAGCCCAGCAUCCAGGUACGACAUGUAAAAGUACCAUAAAUAAAAAUAAAAUGAAAAAUUCCCUACAACAAUUUUUUUUGGGUAGAACAAUAUUAGAAGAGCUCCUUGAUUUUUCUUUUGCGAACUUAAUACUUAAAAUUUUAAUUUUUUCCCUGGUUAGUUUUUUCCUUCUUUGUAACGGUGGCUUCUCCAUUGAUGAAUUACAAUCCAUAAACCUCAUUAAAAAUAUUAAUGGCAUCUUAACUACACUAGUAACAAAUUCGUAACUCAUCCAUGUUGCCCCCUAAACCUCCUCCUGCAAAUAUUUAACCACAAUAAUCCUGCAAAAACAACACAGGGGCCCCCCAAGUUUAAAAUUCUUUCUCCAAAUCACAUACACAAUUAAUUAAGAAAGCUCUUAAUUCUUUCUCGUCCUCUGCCGAUGAGGAACUCAAGAAGCCAUGGCGGUUUGGUCAGCUACUUGAGCAUCCUUAUUGUUGCAACCUUUUCAACUCAGUUGCUGCCUCAAGUUUUCGCGAUUCCCAGCAGCUGCAAUCUGUUCCAAGGAAGUUGGGUGUCGGAUAACAGCAGCACAUCCAAUAAUAAUAUUCCGCUGGUCUAUGAUUCCUCGCAAUGUCCCUUCAUCAACCCAUUAUUCGACUGCGCCAAGCAUGGUCGCCCUGAUCGCGGUUACCUUCGUUAUAGAUGGCAACCUAGUGCAUGCAACUUGCCCAAAUUUGAUGGGAAGGUUUUCUUGGAGAAAUUGAGAGGGAAAACCCUAGUGAUUGUUGGAGACUCGAUUUCUUUCAACCAACAAGAGUCAUUGACAUGCUUGCUUCAUGCUGCCGUUGGGCCAGACUCGAAAAUUACCACAGGCGCCAUGGGUCCAUACAACUCUAAUUACGUGACUUUCCAGGAAUAUGGAGAAGUGACGAUAGCUGAAUUCUAUACCCGGUUCUUGGCGCAAAUCACUACGGAAAAAAUCGGCCGAGUACUGAAACUUCAUCUGAUAAACGACUACGGCAACGUGUGGAAAGACGCUGACGUUCUUAUCUUCAAUAUCGGAUGGGAUUUCAUUCAAGACGGGGAAAAUAACCCGAUCGUACGAGAUAUGGACCGAACCCUAGCCUUUCGAAAAGCCCUAACAACAUGGGCGAAAUGGGUUGAUUCAGGAGUGCUGAAUUUUGCCAAAACCAAAGUAUUCUACCAAGGAUUCUACCCUGACCACUACCGUCCUUCUGAAUGGGGCCAGCCGGAGUUGAAAGAUUGUGCAUUGGAAACGGAGCCGAUGUCAGGAUCGACGUAUCCUGCCGGUCCGCCGCCGAGGCUGAGCAUAGUGGAGCAAGUGCUGAGCAGCAUAAAAAGCCCAGUUCAGUUUCUGAACGUAACAACGUUGUCACAGCUGAGAAAAGAUGGGCAUCCUGGUCGUUACAGUGACGCCGGUAAUGGGUUCGUUGAUUGUACACAUUGGUGCCUUGCUGGGAUUCCAGACACUUGGAGCAGCAUCAUAUAUGCAUAUCUUACUAGAUGAGAAUAUGCAUCGCCCUGUAACUCAGAAGACGAGUUUUUGUUCCUUCGCAAUAAUCAAUAGUGAAUACUUCAAUAUGGCCCCAACUUUGCAUAAACAAAUAAUUUUGACCCCAACUAUCAGUAAUGACAAAAAUUACGUCAAUUUUGGUAGUAAUGGAUAAUUAUGUCUUGAUAUUUGAGUUGACCAUCAACAUUAACUCUUUACAAUUUUGGUAAUAACUUUCAGAAAAUAAAAAAAAUAAAAAAUCAUUUCUCUUUCUCUUCGUAAUCACUUCCUACGCGUGCACUUCCAACGGAGGAAGGUUUUCGGAAUCUAAAAUAUACUAGCUUAUACCCGUCCGUUGGUCGGAAUAUUUUGAGAUAUCUAUUUCGAUGAUAUAUCUUGAUUAGGGGUGUCCAUUCGGGUUUACCCGAAACCGACCCGAUUAUAUAUAUUUUUGGUUUUUCGAGUUCGGGUUUGUUUCGGGUUUUUCGGUUUGGGGUUCGGUUUUGCUUAUCGAUUUUUCGGGUUCCGGCUAAAAACCUCCAAUGAAUAGAACUCAACCCGUAUUCUUAGGCGUUCGGGUUUUGGUUUUGCUUUAACCGAACUCGAUAAGGAAUUUUCGGGUUUCGAGUAACUGGAACCCGCAAGUCCUUAUCAGUUUCGGAUUCAGUUUUAGUGAUUUUUGGUUUUGGGUUUUUGAUUUUUUCGGGUUUCGGUUUGGGUAACCGAACCCGACCCGAACUAACACCCCUAAUCUUGAUAAAUAGUUAAAUAGAUUUUGUUUGGAACUAAUAGUUGACUUUUUAUAAUCGAGAUUGAUAUUAUUAAAACAUGAUAAAUAAAACUCAAUUCUUAGUAUUAAAGCAAUCAUAUGAAUUAAUAUAUUGAGAGUUUAAUUUGUAUACCUUGAACCUUAUUGAUGAAUGGUGUUCUCACUUAUCAUAAUCAAUUCCUUGAUGAAAAGUAUUAUACUUGAUUGGGAUUUUUUUUUUCUCAAUUAAUAGGUUUGUACAUGAUUCCCUUUGGAGUUUGGAAAGAUAACAUGAAGAGUGAAUACUUUGAAGUCAGGACAUAUAGACUGGAAAUAAGAACAAUGUAAACACCUUAUAGCAAGGAAGACAGAAGCUCUGGGGAGCUGUCAAUUACUAUUUUUGAAGAAUAGCUUAGAUAGAAGGAAAAAGGUUUGCUCUGCUAAAUCCACAAAUCCCCUCAAAUGAUACCAAGGUGAGAAAAACAAUUCCAAUGAAUGAAAGCAUGGAAGAAAACUAACUGAACUCGAAUGAAUUUAUUUGGCUAAAUAUGGUUGCAUUCACAAUUACGCUAAUCAUUAUUAACCACCAUCACAUGUAGGUGGAGUGUAAUUAGUCUCCAAACUAUGCAGCAUUUUGUGUACUCUCACAAUCCACGUCGAAUUUUUUACCCCAUUAAUUAUAUAAACCCUUUACCCAACACAUAAAUUCCACUUUGAAACUCAUAUAUCCCCUGAACGGUUUGACAGCUCAUUCACAAAUUAUCCAAAUUAACUACAAUUACACACAUGCAUGUCUCCAUCCCCCUUUUAGUUCCCUCGCUGCUUGCAUAUAUAGCACCAACAACACUACAUCUACAUGGACCAUACUUUGAGCUUUUUAGCGAGCAUUCCACUGACUACACUUUCACCCACCUAAGUUGCUUACCCUUACAGUUCUCAUAGCGGCAGCAGAAACAUUAGGUAUCACUGCAAGCACGCGGCACAAUUCAAUAGACAACACAUGAAUCUGAGUAACAUAAGAUUAAGAGUUUGCCAGUUUGGUGAACCAUGUUUAUCAGCAUAAACAUACAUUCAACCAUUCUAAGUAUUAUGUAUCAUCACAAACGAACAAAAAAGGCAUUGUAUUAUGUUUCAUAACAACUCAAUAGAGGAAUGUAUUUAGUCGAAAUUUCCCAUUAACAAAUGCAAACUGACAAA